ACUGCGGCCACUCAAGAGGCUUCACACACAGAGCAGCGCGCGAGCUUUUCACAGCCAGUGUCCACGUCUUGCUUUAGACGUUCACCAAAAUGCAUAUACUGCUCGUUCCCGUGAAGAACAGGUGUUUUACCGGCAAGCCUGUCAAUCAAAAAGCCCACCAGGAUCUCCUCUGAUGGUGGAUGGUUUAGUGUGUGGGCACACAGAACAAAGUGCUCGCUCCACGGCGCGCUCCGAGGCUUCUGACACGCGAUGGAGAACUUUCCGAAAGAGGCGACUUUGUGGCCACUGAACAAAUCGUGGAGUGAGUUGAGUAGCGGAAAUGAAAGUAUUGCUACAAAUCGAACCGUGAACCCUCUGAAGCGCAACGAGGAGGUAGCUAAAGUGGAAGUGGCAGUGUUGUUUGUGGUGCUGCUGCUCGCGCUAGCCGGUAACCUGUGCGUCCUGGCGGCGCUUCACGCGAGCAAACGCGCGCGCUCGCGCAUGCAUUUCUUCAUGAAGCACCUGAGCAUCGCGGAUCUAGUGGUGGCCAUCUUCCAGGUGCUGCCGCAACUCAUCUGGGACAUCACGUUCCGCUUCUAUGGGCCUGAUUUCUUGUGCCGCUUGGUGAAGUAUCUUCAGGUAGUGGGGAUGUUUGCUUCCACCUACCUGCUUGUGCUGAUGUCAGUGGACAGGUGCCUUGCAGUGUGCCAGCCUCUCCGCUCACUGCAGCACAGAAAGGACCGUGAGUAUGUUCUCGGGUCAUGGCUCCUGAGCCUUCUGCUCAGCCUCCCACAGACAUACAUCUUCUCCCUUAAAGAAGUGGCCCAUGGAGUCUAUGACUGCUGGGGGGACUUUGUGCAGCCUUGGGGGGCAAAAGCCUACAUAACAUGGAUAAGCCUUGCAAUCUACAUCAUACCUGUUACUAUUCUGAGUGUAUGUUAUGGCCUUACAAGUUUUAAGAUAUGGCAAAACUUCAAGCUGAAGAGCAGAAGAGAUCAGCCUCUAAGACUGUCUCGGGAGCUGGCUGAUGGUGCAGCACUUUCACGCGUCAGCAGUGUGAGACUCAUCUCUGAGGCCAAAAUCAGGACGGUGAAAAUGACAUUUGUUGUCGUCUUGGCAUACGUUGUCUGCUGGACGCCAUUCUUCUUCGUGCAGAUGUGGUCAGCUUGGGAUCCUUUGGCACCGAGAGAGGAAAUGGCAUUCAUUAUUGCCAUGCUGCUGGCUAGCCUGAACAGUUGCUGUAACCCCUGGAUCUACAUGUUCUUUGCUGGCCACCUGUUCCGUGACCUCAUGCAGGACUGUCUGACAACCUUUCGCUGUAACUGUGUGGGGCAGCAGAGUCCUAAUAGCCAUUCAGCAGGAAUAGUGAUGAAGGACACGGGCAGCCAGAGAAGCCUCACCCAAACAUCAACUCUGUAACACACCAGACUGCAAGGUAGACAAGAGACAUGAGGAAAACAUCUCUGCAAUCCAUGGCUGUGAAAACACCUACAAAUGACUGAUGUACAGAGGCUCUAUACUGGGCUGGUCAUUACAGACUUGUAUUAUAAAAAUAUCUUUUAUAUGGACAGAUACAGUCAUUAAAGUCCUGAUAAUAAAGCUCAGGACCUUGAAAUUUAAAAAAAACAGAUUACAAUAUAAUUAUCUGCAGAAACAGAAACUUGCAAAGCACCCUGGUCAGCCAAACACCAGUGAAAUACUGCAUAUGUUGCAUUUGAACAUAUUCAUCUGUCCCACAGCUCCCUAUUCCAGAAUGUAUUAUUUGUGUUAUUUGCACUGGACUAAUGGCAACAGUCAAACUCCAGCAGUGAUUGCCCUGUCAGGCUUUUAUUACUAAACUACUUACCUUUGACACAAAUCCCUUUCAGAGCUACUCUGGGGACAUUAACAGGUCAUGCCAAGUUCAUUUUGUCCUGAAUAACCUAAAUCAUUGCUGAACCCAGUUAUUCCCUUACCCACUACAUGCUCAACUCCUUUACAGCUGAAUAAGACUACUCCUAUGACAAAGUGUUACAUGCUAUAAAGAAGUCCUUAUCACAUGGCAUAGAAAAAUAAU